CAAAAAACAAUUGUCUCGCAACAACUGAUGCACAUUGACCCCUUUUCCUUGAAUCGCGAUGCCAGACACCGACUCUCCACUCCUCGCUUACUUGGUAGCAAAUGAACCCGCCUUCCGCCGAGCACGGCUAGCCUCCCUCUACAGCGAUUUCCGCCAUUUACAAGCCACGAACCCCGAUGGAUAUGCAGCGAAUGUCGAAGCAUGGCGGAAAGGGCUCGCGCACGCUUCCCGGGCCGGGGUUCUCCCUCCGCACGAUCUCCUAUCAAUAACCAUAAACGACGAGUUGUUGCGGGACCUGGAGAGCAAAGAAUGGGGACGGCCGCUCGCCCUGGGAGCCGUGGUGCAGGAGAGUAUACAACGGCGAGAAAUCAUCCCCGUGGCGCAAUUCCAGGACGCGAAAGAGAGCAUCUAUCGGAACCCUUGGUCGCUGAACCCGCUGAACCUCGUGGGCUGGGGAUUACGCCAGCUCGGCCUCGUGGGAGCCUCCAAUAAUCCCAAACUGGUCUCGGGGAAAUUCGUCGUCGUGCAGAAUCUCGAAGACGCAGCUACCGAGCUGGCAAAGCGAACGGAAGGGAGGAGGGGCAGGGUGGAGCGCAUCUAUGCUCGAAAGCUCUUCGAAGAGGAGUUCCGGGACGUGCUGGGCGCGAAACAGCUCUCGGAUGCUGAUAUGGAACUCUUCUUGCGGUUUCUCCAGCGGGAUAAAGGGAUGCUGGUUUGGGAUUCGCAGACGGUGAAGUUGAGAAGUGCGGGCGAGACGAGCACUACAAUAACGCAGGAAGAACACACGAUUGCGAGUCUGACGGGUCUCAUUCGGGAUCUGGAAUCCCAAACAAAGAUCCUGGGAAGCAGGGUUGAAGAGCUGGGAAGCACAGCCCGCGAAGCCGUAUCUCGAAAGAACAAAGUCUCGGCCCUCGCGGCCCUCCGCUCCAAAAAGCUGGCCGAGGCUACCCUCACCAAGCGACACGCCACACUCUCUCAGCUCGAAGAAGUCUUGCUAAAAAUCGAGCAGGCGGCCGACCAGAUCGAGCUCGUGCGCGUCAUGGAAGGCAGCGCCAAGGUCCUGGCGGGACUGAACAAAGAGGUUGGAGGUGUGGAUCGCGUGGACCAGGUUCUGGAUGGCUUGCGGGAGCAAAUGGGCCAGGUCGAGGAGAUCGGGACCGUCAUUGCGGAAGCGGCGCAGGGCGGUGUGGUUGAUGAGGGUGAGGUGGAUGACGAGCUGGAGAUGAUGGAGAACGAAGAGAAGAAGAAACAGGAGGAGAGAGAAAAUCGGGAGAAGGAAGAGAAGGAAAGGAGAGAGGCAGAGGAGACGAGGCAGAAGCUGGCGCAGUUGGAAGAGAUCGAGAAGCGGGCUAAGGAGGAUGCUGUGAAGAUGCAUACAGACAAGGAGAAGGGCGAGAAGGGAGCGGAGAAAGAGGAAGGGGUGAAGGAAAUCGAUGAGAGUGCAGAACUGUUCAAGAGGAUGAGCUUAGAUCCUCCUGAACAAGCUACCGCAUAAAGCUCAAUCUUUGGGGAUAAUAUAGGUUAGGGGGUAUAAUCACGGGCGUCAAGGUUGGGAGUUUAAUAUCUUGUUAGUCCUGUCAAUAGCAGGCUACGGUUCUAGAGGUUUGAUUGUAGUUCUAUCUGGAUUGAUAGCUGUAUCUUUGUCUAGUGUCGAUGUGCCUUGACGUUGUGGGGAUGGGAGUGGACCUGUAUGGCCGGGUGAUGAUGGUUCUUGAAAGAAUCUGGUCUGAGAUCCCUUAUAUGUGACCAGUGACGUUGUUGCUCUUGGUUGUUCAUUCGACUCAGUGUCUGGCCGGU